ACGCUUCCCACGUCAAAAGAAGCAGCACUAGGAAGCCAAGCAACUCAGGUUCAUGACCUCAAAGUUAAAGUCCAGCAAGAUUGCUGCAGUGUUGAUGUUCAUUUCACCAGGCCUUUCCAAGGUGGCACUGAGUGCCAAGUCAAAGAUGACUCCAGUCAAACCUUACCAUUGAAGCAGUGUGGUUGUGAAGAUGAGCAAGGGCAAUCACAUGAAAUUCUGAAGUUACCAUCAUCUAUAUCUAUCAGAGACUUUGGUUUGAGCCUAUCAGAGUCAGACCAAGCUGAGACUGACUUCAGUGAGCUUUGUGAUGAGUUUAUAUAUAUACCCCAGCAUACAAAUGCAGCUGAAACCAUUGUCAGAAGAAUUUCUGACAAUGCCUUGCCACCAGAGGACCACCAAGCAACUCUGGCCAUGACUGAAGAUGACACAGAUGUAGCUCAAAAAAGCAAGCUCUCUGUGAAAUGUACUGAUGAUGUCACAGCCCUACUGUCUGGUCAUGACAAGAUCCCACAGGUUUCAGGUGUGGACAUGGGCUUCAAACCUUUCAAAUCAAGCAAGGAAGAAAAUACCAAACCCCAAGGGUACAGUGAUGGGUAUCUGGAAAACAUACCCUUCAUUGAUGAUUCAAUUGGACCCGUCAUUGCUACAGCUAAGUACAGCAUGGUGAAACAAUUCAAAAUGAAGGUACCAAAUUUGCCAGAAAUUCUGGCAAUGAGUGACCCUGCUCACAUGGCUUGUGACUCAACUGGUAUCACCCAUCUUGCACUACAAUCACCGGAGCAAGAUUUGACAUUACCAUCCACUUUUAUAGAGAACAACCCUUUGACUCCUGAUUCUUUGGAAUCUGAUAAGCAGUGUGGCUCAUUUUCGCCUGUUAAUGAAAGGUAUCUAUUCCCUGCAGAGGCAUGGAUGUUAAAUGACCCCAUAGUUAGAAUGUCGUCCCCUGAAUCUGUCAUGUCAAUUGGUGAUUAUAGAGCAAUGUCACCUGACUCUCCUCUGGCGGAAAGAAAAGUCUUACCUGCAGACUUUUACGGUAUAUUGGAUGGCAGCCGGGCACUCUCUCCCAGGUCUGAUGCAUGUAGUUCACCAGAUGUUACGAUUAAUUUAACUGAAAAUGAAUUACACCCCAAUCAAUCAAAUACAUUUGAAUGUGCACCACUGUUUGGUUUGAAAGACUAUGCUACUGCUGUAAUUUCACACUCCUUUUGUUCUGAGUCCUUUGAGUCUUGGAAUAAGUAUAGGCCACUGUCCCCUGACUCUGAAGUACCCAAAUAUAGUCCACCUAUACCUGAAUGUGUAAAAAUAAAGGGAGAGCUAAAACCAUUCUCACCUGUGACAUCAGGUAUUGAAUGUGUUGAGUUUUCAGAUAGGGAUUGCCGACCAUCCUCACCAGAAUCACAGGCUUCUCAGUGCAGUUUCUCAUUUCUUGAACUCUUGCUCUCAGAACCUAUACGUGCCCAACUUAAGAGACAAUAUUGUGAUUAUUAUUUACUAUAUUCAGGAGGGAAUCCACCCUCACCACAACUGACAUCAGCUCAUUACACUACAGUCUGCGAAGACCUGGGUCAGGGCAGUCCUUUGACACAAGAAUUAGUAGCUUCAGAUCAGUUGCAAUAUUCUAUGAAUGCUCCAUCACGUCUUGAUGAAUGGUGGGAUGAAAAAAGCAAAGAUGCACCCGAUUUAUUGACAUGGCAUGGAAGAGCUGAAGAAAGGACACCUCUGUUUACAACUGCUGUUUCAGCUACAAAAUAUCUUACACAUGCAGAUGCCAAAAGUAUCCAAAGUGCAGAUUCAGGCUGUUCAAGUCAAACAGAAAAGUCACUUCAGCAAAGGCCGCUGUCAUCUGAAGCAUCAAAACCACAGAAGGAAAGUAGUCAAUCUUACCUUGAUUACUGGUUUUCUAAAUUGAAACCACAAUCCUCUGAAUACAUACCCUCACAAGGUCAGUCAGAUAAUCAUUUAACAAACAUUAGACAAAACACCUCACAACACUAUGAAAUGCAAGAGUCCAUAAAUUUGUAUUCGGUGAAAGAACCAUCCGAAACAAACUCAUGCUCAGAUCACAAAUAUCAAAAACAAUCUGUGGAAACUUGUCAGAUGUUCAAACAACUACCAACGCCCGGAUCAAUGGUCUUUAACUUUGUAGAGAAGCCACAAUACAUUUUAGAAUUUCCAAAUGGCAUAGCUCCAAUGUCAAACACAGAAAAGUCCUUAAUUAAGACUGAAAACACAGAAUGCAAUCACACACUAUUUGAGGAUAACCUGGAAAAAAUAAAGCCACAGUCCCAUAUGUCAAAUACAUUCUUUGGAGAACCGUAUAAUGAUUUCUACCUUGAAAACACAUUUGAUGUAACAGGACAGGAUUCUCUGUCUGCAUUUUUGACAGACCAUAGAAUAUCCACCCCAGAGUCUGUAGCAUCAGUUGAGCAGCGUCUUUUGUCUCCUUGCAUGACAUUUGGCCAGAUUAAGAGUCAACACUGUAACUAUUACUUACAGUACUCUGAAAGUAGACCAGUAUCACCUCUUUCAACACUGUCAGAUGUUGAGUAUUCCAAUUCCGAUUUUGACUUAUCGCUCCUACAGGACUGGUUGGCAGACUUUAGAGCAUCCUCCCCAGAAUCGGUGGCAUCAGUUGAGCAACAUUCUUUGUCUCCUCACAUCACAUUUGGCCAGAUUAAGAGUCAACAUUGUAACUAUUACUUACAGUACUCUGAAAGUAGACCAGUAUCACCUCUUUCAACACUGUCAGAUGUUGACUAUUCCGGAUUUUGUCUCCAGGAAUUAUUUGAUGACAACAGACCAGAUUCGCCAGAUUCACUUACUUUACGGGUUGAUGCUAAACACACAAGCGUAACUGUAUCUGCAUCCCCACCACUGUCCACAGCAAGACCUUUUACAUAUGCAGAUGUUGUGCGGGGCGUAACACAUGAAAGACAAGCAGAAUCUUUGUUGGUCUCCAAACCAGUUGAGUUUAUAUCUAUUUGGCCUCCAUCAGUGUCGUCAGACAAGGAGUGCACUUACUCCUUCAUAGAGGACUGGAUCACCAAGUUAAGACCGCAGUCUCCUGAGUCAGUGGCGUCUCAAAGUGAAAGUAGGCCCCUCUCUCCUGACUCACCUGUUCCUCAGUUCAUAUCUCCCCUUAUUGCUUACAAUGUGGAAUUGUCAAGGAACAGGUCGUUUACACCACAAUCAACAUUUUCAGACUGGGAAGAUACUGAUUUGUGUCUGGAGACCCUGUUUGACGAGACGAGGCCAGAGUCCCCUCAGUCAGUUUUAUCAGACUUUGAACUUGAUAAGCUAUUUAGUAGCAGGGCGUUGUCCCCGGAAUCCGUGUCUUCUGAUUUUGACUUUUCGCUCCUACGGGACUGGUUGGCAGACUUUAGAGCAUCCUCCCCAGAAUCCAUGGCAUCUCAAAGUGAAAGUAGGCCCCUCUCUCCUGACUCACCUGUUCCUCAGUUCAUAUCUCCCCUUAAUGCUUACAAUGUGGAAUUGUCAAGGCACAGGUCGUUUACACCACAAUCAAUAUUUUCAGACUGGGAAGAUACUGAUUUGUGUCUGGAGACCCUGUUUGACGAGACGAGGCCAGAGUCCCCUCAGUCAGUUUUAUCAGACUUUGAACUUGAUAAGCUAUUUAGUAGCAGGGCGUUGUCCCCGGAAUCCGUGUCUUCUGAUUUUGACUUUUCGCUCCUACGGGACUGGUUGGCAGACUUUAGAGCAUCCUCCCCAGAAUCCAUGGCAUCUCAAAGUGAAAGUAGGCCCCUCUCUCCUGACUCACCUGUUCCUCAGUUCAGAUCUCCCCAUAUCGGUUACCAUGUGGAAUUGUCAAGGCACAGGUCUUUUACACCACAAUCAACAUUUUCAGACUGGGAAGAUACUGAUUUAUGUCUGGAGACCCUGUUUGACGAGACCAGACCAGAGUCCCCUCAGUCAGUUUUAUCAGACUUUGAACUUGAUAAGUUAUUUAGUAGCAGGGCGUUGUCCCCGGAGUCCGUGUCUUCAGAUUUUGACUUUUCGCUCCUACGGGACUGGUUGGCAGACUUUAGAGCAUCCUCCCCAGAAUCUGUAGCAUCAGUUGAGCAGCAUUCUUUGUCUCCUCACAUCACAUUUGGCCAGAUUAAGAGUCAACAUUGUAACUAUUACUUACAGUACUCUGAAAGUAGACCAGUAUCACCUCUUUCAACACUGUCAGAUGUUGAGUAUGACGAGACGAGGCCAGAGUCCCCUCAGUCAGUUUUAUCAGACUUUGAACUUGAUAAGCUAUUUAGUAGCAGGGCGUUGUCCCCGGAAUCCGUGUCUUCUGAUUUUGACUUUUCGCUCCUACGGGACUGGUUGGCAGACUUUAGAGCAUCCUCCCCAGAAUCCAUGGCGUCUCAAAGUGAAAGUAGGCCCCUCUCUCCUGACUCACCUGUUCCUCAGUUCAGAUCUCCCCAUAUCGGUUACCAUGUGGAAUUGUCAAGGCACAGGUCGUUUACACCACAAUCAACAUUUUCAGACUGGGAAGAUACUGAUUUGUGUCUGGAGACCCUGUUUGACGAGACGAGGCCAGAGUCCCCUCAGUCAGUUUUAUCAGACUUUGAACUUGAUAAGUUAUUUAGUAGCAGGGCAUUGUCCCCGGAGUCCGUGUCUUCAGAUUUUGACUUUUCGCUCCUACGGGACUGGUUGGCAGACUUUAGAGCAUCCUCCCCAGAGUCUGUAGCAUCAGUUGAGCAGCGUCUUUUGUCUCCUUGCAUGACAUUUGGCCAGAUUAAGAGUCAACAUUGUAACUAUUACUUACAGUACUCUGAAAGUAGACCAGUAUCACCUCUUUCAACACUGUCAGAUGUUGACUAUUCCGGAUUUUGUCUCCAGGAAUUAUUUGACGACAACAGACCAGAUUCGCCAGAUUCACUUACUUUACGGGUUGAUGCUAAACACACAAGCGUAACUGUAUCUGCAUCCCCACCACUGUCCGCAGCAAGACCUUUUACAUAUGCAGAUGUUGUGCGGGGCGUAACACAUGAAAGACAAGCAGAAUCUUCGUUGGCCUGCAAACCAUUUGAGUUUAUAUCUAUUUGGCCUCCAUCAGUGUCGUCAGACAAGGAGUGCACUUACUCCUUCAUAG